AUGUCAGGGGUUUAUCGGAUGGAAGACUUUGUUCUUAGCAUAGGGGCUCAGUUUGAACAUUUUGGGAAAAGACAGGCGAGGAUGAAACCAAUGAGGGAGCAGAUUACGAAGACAGCACCAAACUUACCUGCCGGGGGGGAACGAAAGAAGAGAGUGAGAAAGGAGAAGUGGAGAGAGAAGAUGAGAGAGGGAGAGAGGAGGAGAAGAAGAGAGGAGAAGGGGGGGGGGAAGGAGAAGAGGAGGGAAGGAGAGAGAGAGAAGAGGGGAGAGAGAAGAAAGAGAAAAUGGAGAAGAGAAACAGAGUGCGGGAAAAAAAAACAUGAGAGGAGAGAGAGGAGUGAACACUGA